CGCCGCUUGCCGUCGCCGUCAGUGGUGCCCGGACACCGGCUGCACAGCAGCCCGGGCUGUCCUCGGCGUCCUGCCACCGCCCUUCCUCCCCUGCCUCCGCCUUCCUCUCCCUCCCCGAUUCCCCUCCCGCAGCUCAAGGUUUACUCGGCUGGACAUUGUGUGUGUUUGGAUUUCUCAAGGAUUCUCCCCCGACUAACAUGGAUGUCCCACCAUUCCUUGCAGUUGAAGGUUGCUCCUUGGCGCAGUGAAUGAAGAACAUGCAGGGAUUGCUAAUGGGUUUGGGAAGCGUAGACUCUCUCCUCUCUCUGUGACCAUGCCGUGAUCGUGUCUGAGGGCCAUCAGUUUACGUAUCCUCAUUCUCACCCUACCGGGAAACCUGACGGCUUAGAAGGGGGAAGUAAGGCAGCGCGUGUGUGCAUAGAAACAUCAUGAAGAUUAUUUCCCCUAUUGUAACUAAUUCAGUCUUCAGAUGCACCGUUAGAUUCCUUCUUUGCUUACUGUGGAUUGGAUAUUCUCAAGGAACCACACAUGUAUUAAGAUUUGGAGGCAUUUUUGAGUGUGUGGAAUCUGGUCCAAUGGGAGCAGAAGAAUUAGCCUUCAGAUUUGCUGUGAACACAAUCAACAGAAACAGAACUCUUCUGCCAAACACCACAUUAACAUAUGACACUCAAAAGAUAAAUCUCUAUGACAGUUUUGAAGCAUCCAAAAAAGCCUGCGAUCAGCUGUCCCUUGGGGUGGCAGCCAUCUUUGGACCAUCCCAUAGCUCCUCAGCUAAUGCUGUGCAAUCCAUCUGCAACGCUUUGGGUGUUCCACAUAUCCAGACCCGCUGGAAACAUCAGGUGUCAGACAACAAGGACUCCUUCUAUGUCAGCCUUUAUCCAGAUUUCUCUUCACUCAGCCGUGCCAUCCUUGACCUUGUGCAGUUCUUCAAGUGGAAAACUGUUACUGUUGUUUAUGAUGACAGCACUGGUCUUAUUCGAUUACAAGAGCUCAUCAAGGCUCCAUCACGAUACAACCUAAGACUAAAAAUCCGUCAGUUACCAGCUGACACGAAAGAUGCAAAGCCUUUGCUAAAGGAGAUGAAAAGAGGCAAAGAAUUCCAUGUAAUCUUUGACUGCAGCCAUGAAAUGGCAGCAGGCAUCUUGAAACAGGCUUUAGCUAUGGGAAUGAUGACAGAAUACUAUCAUUAUAUCUUUACCACACUGGAUCUGUUUGCCCUGGAUGUGGAACCCUAUCGGUACAGUGGUGUUAACAUGACCGGAUUCAGAAUUCUAAACACGGAAAACACCCAGGUGUCAUCUAUCAUUGAAAAGUGGUCUAUGGAGCGAUUGCAAGCACCCCCGAAACCUGACUCAGGUUUGCUGGAUGGAUUUAUGACGACGGACGCGGCACUAAUGUACGAUGCAGUUCAUGUGGUGUCGGUGGCUGUCCAGCAGUUCCCACAGAUGACUGUCAGUUCACUACAGUGCAAUCGCCACAAACCUUGGCGCUUUGGGACCCGCUUUAUGAGCCUCAUUAAGGAAGCCCACUGGGAAGGCCUCACAGGCAGGAUAACUUUCAACAAAACCAAUGGCUUAAGGACAGAUUUUGAUUUAGAUGUUAUCAGCCUCAAGGAAGAAGGUCUUGAAAAGGUUGGAACUUGGGAUCCAUUGAGUGGCCUUAACAUGACAGAGAAUCAGAAAGGAAAACCAGCAAACAUCACAGAUUCCCUGUCCAAUCGCUCUUUAAUUGUUACUACCAUCUUGGAAGAGCCGUAUGUUAUGUUCAAGAAGUCUGACAAACCCUUGUAUGGAAAUGACCGAUUUGAAGGUUAUUGCAUUGACCUCCUCAGGGAGCUGUCUACUAUCCUUGGAUUUUCCUAUGAGAUUAGACUGGUGGAGGAUGGAAAAUAUGGAGCCCAAGAAGAUGCCAGUGGACAGUGGAAUGGAAUGGUUCGUGAACUAAUUGAUCAUAAAGCUGACCUUGCAGUUGCACCCUUGGCAAUUACCUAUGUUCGUGAGAAGGUCAUCGACUUUUCCAAGCCCUUUAUGACUCUUGGAAUAAGUAUUUUGUACCGCAAGCCCAAUGGUACAAACCCGGGCGUCUUCUCCUUCCUGAAUCCUCUCUCCCCUGAUAUCUGGAUGUAUAUUCUGCUGGCUUACUUGGGUGUCAGUUGUGUGCUCUUUGUCAUAGCCAGGUUUAGUCCCUAUGAGUGGUAUAAUCCACAUCCUUGCAACCCUGAUUCAGACGUGGUGGAAAACAAUUUUACCUUGCUAAAUAGUUUCUGGUUUGGAGUUGGAGCUCUCAUGCAGCAAGGUUCUGAGCUCAUGCCUAAAGCCCUCUCCACCAGGAUAGUGGGAGGCAUUUGGUGGUUUUUCACACUUAUCAUCAUUUCCUCGUACACUGCUAACCUAGCCGCCUUUCUGACAGUGGAACGUAUGGAAUCCCCUAUUGAUUCUGCUGAUGAUCUGGCCAAGCAGACAAAGAUUGAGUAUGGGGCAGUUGAAGAUGGAGCAACCAUGACUUUCUUCAAGAAAUCCAAAAUCUCCACUUACGACAAGAUGUGGGCCUUCAUGAGUAGCAGGAGGCAGUCAGUACUUGUCAAAAGUAAUGAAGAAGGUAUCCAACGUGUGCUUACCUCUGAUUAUGCAUUUUUAAUGGAGUCGACAACCAUUGAGUUUGUCACACAGAGGAACUGUAACCUAACACAGAUUGGAGGCCUUAUAGACUCCAAAGGUUAUGGCGUUGGAACUCCCAUGGGUUCUCCAUACAGAGACAAGAUCACUAUAGCAAUUCUUCAGCUGCAAGAGGAGGGCAAGCUCCACAUGAUGAAAGAGAAAUGGUGGAGAGGCAAUGGUUGCCCAGAGGAGGAAAGUAAAGAGGCCAGUGCUUUGGGAGUUCAAAAUAUUGGAGGAAUCUUCAUCGUGCUGGCAGCAGGAUUGGUGCUUUCUGUCUUUGUGGCAGUGGGGGAGUUUUUGUAUAAAUCAAAAAAAAAUGCCCAAUUGGAAAAGAGGUCCUUCUGUAGUGCCAUGGUAGAGGAGCUAAGGAUGUCUCUGAAGUGUCAGCGUCGAUUAAAACACAAGCCACAGGCCCCUGUUAUUGUGAAAACAGAAGAGGUUAUCAACAUGCACACGUUUAACGAUAGAAGGUUGCCAGGUAAAGAAACCAUGGCAUAGAGCUGGGAAGCCAAAUACCCCAAGCACAAACUGUCGUCUUUUUUCCAAACAACCUUGCGAGAAUGUUUCCUGUGGAAAUAUGCAACAAGUGCAAAAUAAAAUGAGUUACCUCAUGCCGCUGUGUCUAUGAACUAGAGACUCUGUGAUCUCAACAGUUGCAAUGGCCAGACUCGAAUCACAAGCAUCAUGGAUCAACCAAUUUAUGCAGGGUUACGCUGUUUGUCAUGGGUUUGCACCAUUCUGAAUGAAUGAAUGUUCCAUGUGAGUUUUGUGGCUGGUUUCAAAUGCAGUCUAAGUGAGAAGUUACAGGUUCCUUUUGAAGUUCAACGGUUGCCAGGAGAUGGAGGAUAAAUGUCCAAGAUCAUACAAACCACAGAAGGAGUCUCAUAAAAGUAAUAUCUCAGAACUGUAGUGGAGCAAGAAACCAUACGGUCUUCUGAACUUUCCGGCAUAGAAGAGUUGGUAACUGCUGGUAUACUGAAACUACCAUCUGGACAGGCGAUAUGAGCUUCCUGGGUGGAAGAAAUGUUAAAAGUGAAGAAACAUGAAUCCCAUGAAUAAAAGGAUAAAUAUGAGGAUGCUCACCUGCUUUUUCUGGACUGUUUGUGACACUGAACUUAGUAAAUAAAUAAUAAUUUAGAAAAAAGUAACUUAAAUUUAACUGGGUUGGAACUUUGGCCUAAAAAAUCAACAAAAAUAUUUCCACAAUUUUGACCCAAUUUUUAGAUGAAUGAAAGUUUCCUUAGUACAAAGGAAUGUAUCUUACAACCUUUAGAUAUAAGCAAUUAAUAUUUUUUUUCUAUAAUUGUGAAAAGAGGGAAGGGGGUGGGAAGCAGUAUAUUUCAUACAUAGAGGGCUUGCAUUUUAGCCUGAAUGGGUUUUGAAACCCUUGUUCCUGCUACUAAUUGAACUCAAUGGAGCCUGUGCAAUUCUCGCUAAUGUUGGGAGUGGGACGGGUCACCUAAAAGAAAUGAAUGCCGAGAACUUUAAGGAGGACUGCAUUUUUCAAUACAGUCACAGUACUAAAUGAACAAAAUUCUUGAGCAGUUUUUUUUUUCCAAAAAAAAAAAAAAUGUUCAGGUUUAUUUGUGGAAAUGCAAGAUUUCUAUGAAAAUAGUUUUUGUAUGGAAAUUUUUCUAAUACUUUUUAUCAACAAAAUAAGAACAUGUGUUUCUGUCGGGGGUGUGAUGCCAAGCAUGAGUGGUAGUGUGUGCACACCACCAACGUUUGGUGAAAACUAUUUUUAUCAUGAAAAAGGAAUCUUAGAAGAGACAUAUUUUCAAGUUAUAUAAUAUAAAAAAAUAGGUGCACUACCACCACUGCUUACCAUGCUACACCCUUGGUUUCCACUAAGCUGAUAACAUGCUGUCAUGAACAAUUGUGUGUAAAUGGUAAAAGACACAGACCUCUUGACCACAUUGUGAUAAAAGUUAAAGUGCACUCAGUUUGCUGUUUGAACCCAAUGCACAAAAUUAAAAAAAAAAAAAAGGAAAAAAAAGAUAAGAAAGAAUUAAAUUUAUGUCAGUUUUAGUUGUUUUGGUUUUGCUGUGUGAUUUGAGCAACGUAUGUACAGUACUUUGUGUCAGUACUGGUACUUAGCUUCAGCUUAGUGCCCUAUCCUGACAAUUCUUGCCACUAAAUGUGUGGCAAGAGAGUUUGCUGGGAUUUCUGAGACAAGCCUUUACAGUACAUUGUGCUACAAUUUGCAGGAUCUGGCUCUUAGCUGCUUCAAAGCUAAUUUAUAUGUCCUGACUGUGGUGAGUUCCUGGACAUAACAUUUUGAAAUACUGCCGUACAGAUGCUGAAUCUUGCACCUCUUUCUACUGUAAAUUUAUUUGUAUUUCAACAAGAAAUGCAUAGGAUGGAUUAUGUAGGAAUGUUAUGUCAACCAAAAAAGAUUAUGAAGAUGGUCUUUAUGUGGAAAAUAAUUAAUUUGACUAAUUAAAAAAACCCACAACAAAACAUUGAAAUUAUCAUAAAUUGUCAGUCACUGGUGAGUAAUAAGAUCGCUUGUUUACUGGCACUUAAUUUAGUCUUAUCAUCAUCUUUAUAGUACAGGAGUAUAAGACAUAAAAUUUAAAUUGUAGAAAUUAUAUAAUGAAAUUUGGGGGGAAAUGGGAGGUUUGUGUCUACUACCCAGUUAUCAUAUAUCUUCAUAGAGAUUGAGCUGGCCAUUUCCAUUGUGAGCAGGGACUGAGAAAGCAAAUUCUCUUAUAUUUGUGAGUUUCAUCCCCAUUUAUGUGAUAAUAGAGAGCAGGUUAUCUUUGUCUGAGGUAUAAACAAGAUAAAAACACCUUUAGUAAUUAUUCUGGAAAUGAGUAUACUUACAUAAUUUAUAUUUAAGUUAAUUCUUUAAAACACAAAGGGGAAAGAGUAACUGUCAUACAACACAAUGAAAACUCCUAAAUAUGAUGGCUUGGAAUGGAAAAAAAAUUGGCUAUUGCAUUUGAUUGAUGAUUUACAAUAAAAUUUGUAAAAUCAUGUAAUAAAAUGCUGUAUUAUAUUCAAACAAACCUUUCUUUUUUCCAUUGAGGAUGUUGAUAUAAGCAAGGUUUUAUUCUCAACCUGAGGCACCUGACUAAUAUUCAUUAAGCUUUAUGUGAGCCAAAGUAAGUGUGAAUGCAGAAUAUGUUCCAAAUAUUUUAUUGGGUCAAAGUCCCCCAGGGAAAACUCCUAUCACAAAAGUAGUGUGGCUUAAUUAAGAUUUUAGUGAGAAUUUCAGCCUUCCAUUAUUAAAGGAAAUAUACAAAGUAACUGGAGAUUUAUAUUAAAGAUCAAGAGUAGAAGUGCAUGGCUCCACAGAUUCAUAGUAGGAUAAUGUGUUUAUUUUUUUAAAGUCAUAUAUUAACUCAUGCUGUUACUUUGUUAUACAUUAGUAAUUAUUUCUCUAUUAAGACAUUUACAGAAAAUUGACUAACAAAGACCCGACCCCAAAGCAGUAGAAAAUACUACUGGUAGUUUUGUCCUCCAAAAAGCUCAAUAGUUCAUUUUCCUUUCACUGUUAUGAACAAAAUCGUCAGUUCUGAAAAAACUUCCUCAUUUUGAAAGGCCUCUGAAAGGCUAGUUUAAAAUUCCCAAAUUCUCAUGUAGUAUAAAUUUCUACACUGUCAUUAAAAUUGAUGGAACUACACCAGUUAAAAUCAAGUGAGUAUCUGGCCCAUGAAGAUUCAGAAUCUGUACAUAACUGCUUUAUGUGGUUUCAUGUAACAACUAGUCUGCUGAUUUCCCAGGAUCGGAAGAUGGAUUCUUCUCUGUUUGACCUUGAAAGUCACUCUAGAGAAGACUUUUAAAGCAGUUGUAGCUCCAUUGUAUGGUCCUACCUGGUGGAUGACAAUUGGAGGUAAAAAUUGAAUAGGAAGUUUCUUUUUCCCUGUGUCUGUUUCAAUGAAAAUAGAGACGUAUAAUCUUUAAGAAUUCUCAAGACACACAAUUUAGAUCUUCAAGUUGGCUUAGCAUGGUUGUAUAGCAAUAGAUAACUAUGUGGAUAUUGUAGAAAAAAUUACAAAAUCCCUUUUAUCUUAUUGAUAAGAUAAGCAUAAUUUGUGAAGGACUAGUAGCAAAAAUUGUGAACCAAAUAGUUGGAUGAAAUCAAGAGAUCUGUGGUGCUUUAUAGUGAAUGAGGAUUUGUCUAAUUAUAGACAUCAGGAGGUCAUUUCAUAGUAUUCUCAUUUCACAUAAACAUAAGUACAGACAUAUCCAGGGAGUAUCUGGCAGGUUUUAUCUCAAUUUUUAUCUCAAUUUCUAUCUCAAAUUUCAGUUGAAGAAUUCAGUAUAGGCUUGAAAUAACAUUUUCUUUCAUUUUAAUUAUACUCAAGGCUCUGUGGGUUAAUCCUUCCUGGUUUCAUGCAUAGAGUGUUUCCAAAACCCAAAAUAAUAUUGUUUAGUCCUACUUCACUAACUAGUUAAUAUUUCAGAAUGAAAAAACCAUAAUUCAUGAAAGAAAAAAAUCCCCCACAAAAAUCCAAAGCCUCAAAUAAAAGUAGGAGAAGUGCCCUGAUACUCUACAAAAUCAAAAUGUUUUCAGGGAAAAAUAGUCAUGAGCAGAGAUAAUGGCAUAAAAAGAGGUAAAUGAUAAUUCUAUAAAAUAAUUUUUGUAUUUUUAUUAUUUAAGGAUAUUAGAAAAAUAUGUACUGUAUACUUGAGACACAACUUAAUUUAGUCUCCAAAUACAUCAGAGUCUCCAAAUAUAUCAAUAAACACAAAAUACGAUGACUGAUAUACUGACUACCUUGAAAGAAGUGUCAAAACUCCUCCUUCUGAAGAAUCAAAAUUUUAUCCAAUACAGCCCCAAAUAUAUACUGACAUAAUAUUUAAGGCAAAAUGAGGUGUACAGCAUAAUUUCAAGGACGUAUGGGAAAAGAAAGGGUCGCUGAGGUUGGCUUGUCUGACUUAUAAGAUCAUUGCUUUUCAACCUGAAAUAUGGUAGUGUCCUGUUCCCUUCCUUUCCAGUCUUGCCUCUCUGCCUUCCUACAAGCAUCUCUGGCACUAUCAAAUUUAUUUUCAAACCCCUUUUCUUCUAGCUUUCCUUUUAAUAUAGUUCUAAGUUAAAAUAAAGUUACUCAAACACCUCAUCUCCCCAGUUUGUAUCCAUGAAGAUAAAUACAUUAGCUUUUCAUGUGACUGUAAUCUAAUUGUCUUUCUUUUUAUUUACUACCCCUCUCUGUCCCCUGCCUGUGUUAUCUUCUCCUGUUGUUCUUGUACUUGCCUAGACUGUAAGCUCUUAGGGGGCAGGGAAUCUGUCUUUGAUUUGUUCUAUGUAGCACCAUGAACUAUGGAGCUAUAUAAAUAAUAAAAAAUGUAGAUCUUCUUAAA